GCGCGGUUGUGCGAUUCAUGGAAGGGAAAUGUGACUUUCGCUGAAUGUCAGACUGGGUCUCGAUGGCGGCACAUUUGAAGAAGCAGCUAAAAGAGGCAGUGAAGAUCAUCAGUUCGGGUAGCCUCCUCUUUGCCUCCUACCUCACAGUGGUGGGAGAUGAGCGUUUCUAUGCCAACCAGCUGAUGCCCCUGCUGCAAAGCGUAAUGGGCGCAGAGACGGCCCACGUGCUUGCGGUAAAAAUGAUCAGUCUGGGUUUGGUUCCUCUCAACCGCUAUCAGGACCCCGAGUCACUGGGAGUUGACGUCCUGGGCUUGAAGUUCAAAAAUCCCGUUGGGAUCGCGGCAGGCUUCGAUAAGCACGGAGAAGCGGUGGACGGUUUGUACAAAAUAGGCUUUGGCUUUGUGGAAGUCGGGACCGUCACCCCCAAACCGCAAGAUGGCAACCCCAAACCACGUGUGUUCCGACUGGCAGCAGACCGUGCCAUCAUCAACAGAUACGGUUUCAACAGCUGCGGCGUUCGAGAAGCGCAGCAGAGGUUGAAAGACCGCCAGGCCGCUCAACAGGAGCGAACGAAAGCUGGCCUUCCCCUGGGCAUCAACCUGGGGAAGAACAAGCAGUCCCAGGAUGCGCGGGCAGAUUAUUUGGAGGGGAUGAGCGUGCUGGGCCCGCUGGCUGACUACCUUGUGGUGAACGUCAGCAGUCCCAAUACGCCCGGUCUGCGUGACCUACAAGGCAAAGCUGAGCUCCGCCGCCUCCUACAUUCGGUGUUGAAGGAGCGCAAUGGGAUGCAAGGAAGUCACAAGCCUCCGGUGCUGGUCAAGAUCGCGCCUGACCUCAGCGCGCAGGACAAACGGGACAUUGCCGACGUCGUUACUGAGCUGGGAGUGGACGGCUUAAUGGUGUCCAACACGACUGUGUCCCGGCCAGAGGUGCUACAAGAUCCUCAAAGGUGUGAGACCGGCGGGUUGAGUGGGCAGCCUCUCAAAGACAUGUCCACAAACACCGUCAGUGAAAUGUACAGACUCACAAAAGGCAAAGUGACAAUCAUUGGAAUCGGCGGCGUGGCCAGCGGACAGGACGCCAUGGAUAAAAUCCGUGCCGGUGCAUCACUGGUUCAGAUUUACACGGCUCUGGCCUACCAGGGUCCGCCUGUCGUGACCAAGAUAAAGCGGGAAUUGGAACAGCUUCUCAGAGAACAAGGAUUUAGCAACGUUUCUGAGGCUGUCGGGGCAGACCACAGAGGAUUAGAUGGCCCCGCUCACUAGCAAAGCCGGGCAAGGAUCGUUAACACCAAACUCAUCGCUGCAUCAGCUUUUCCUCCAGCUGGGCAGAAGUUCAUCUUUUGUUACAGUGUUUAAACAAUUGGCAGUACUUCAACUCUUGAAACCACUUCUUUUUGUUUUCCUGCCUGUGUGACAUCGUGUAGGCAUCCUUCCAUUUUUUUUUUCUACCCGCUUGUCUUGUUCUGGGAACCAGAAGCCAAUCGCAGGUGACUUUGGAUACUCCCCUAAACGGUCAUCUGUCAGUCACGCUGUUGGCAUGUCGAUACACUACAACCGCUCACGCUCAUGUUUUGUUGCCCGUGGAGAACAUACAAAUUCAACACGUAAAGGUUUCAAGAGCCUUGUGUUUGUCUGGUGUGAAUGCUAACUAAGGUUCUGCUGUUGUGUGUGUACAUAUUUUAUUUUCCCCGUUGAUGAAAGCAGUUUCAUCACAUGGAAGAAGGAAAAAAAAACGCGGCAUGUGUCACUUUGCAUGACAAUUUGCUGAUACUGCCCGUCACCCGAAGGAAGUGACGGAAUUACACAUCAUGCCGAAAUGUAAAUGAGAGGUGCAAAUGUGCUUUAAUAUAUAUAGCCAACUGUUCAAGCAACUGUAACUGGUUUUCUUUUUUACCACACGGAAGCGCUCCGUUACAAAUCGAGGUUGGAAAAGUUGUCUGGCAAAUCACAGCUUGACACUCCCACUUGGAUUGUGACCUUCGAAAUUUGAGGCUCGGAAUUUCGCUGCUGCUGAGCUGAAACCGGAAUCUGUUUUAGGAUUCAAAGUCUUUUCACAGAAUUGAGAAUAAAUGACUUGACUAAUACGAC